GCUGUUUCCUGCUUCCGGUAGUGUCGCCUGAAAAAAGGAGUGAUUUCUAGCUGUCCGGAAAGCGUUAAUAUGAAACAUGGGAUAUUUCUUGCUGGAUAAAUGGCUUGUUCCUUGCUUUACAGUAGCGUGCCUCUUCCUACGAGGAGUGGCCACUGGAAAGAUGAAGAUUGUUGAAGAGCCAAAUACAUUUGGUUUAAAUAAUCCAUUAUUAUCUCAGACAAACCAUAUGCAGCCAAAGGUGGUCCCUUCUCCUGUAUCAGGUCCCCAUCACCUUCAUAGGCUAUCUGGAAAGUGCUUUAGCCUUGUGGAAUCCACUUAUAGGUAUGAAUUCUGUCCGUUUGCCAACAUCACCCAGCAUGAGCAGUCAUUCCGGUGGAAUGCAUACAGUGGCAUACUGGGAAUUUGGCAGGAGUGGGAAAUUUCAAAUAACACAUUUACAGCAAUGUGGAUGAGAGAUGGAGAUUCAUGUGGAAACAAAAAUAGGCAAUCAAAGAUCCUCUUGACCUGUGGAAGACACAACAGAGUGGCCCAAGUUUCUGAGCCAAGCACUUGCAUUUACUCUGUCACCUUUGAGACUCCACUUGUCUGUCAUCCUCACUCACUUUUGGUGUAUCCAACCCUGAGUGAGAAACUGCGCAGGGAAUGGGACAAGGCAGCUCAGUCUGUCUAUGAGGAGCUCAUUACUGAACAGGGAUAUGAAAAAAUGCUGAAAGAAAUUUUUGUUGAGGCAAAACUCUUAAAAAUGCCAAUGAAAAAUGAGUCAAAGCCUGAAAAUAGGCAGUCAAAAAAAACUAAUUUUGAAAAUCUGGACAAGUGUGAAAAGGAGAACCAGAAGCUGUCUGCUGAAGUUGAAAAACUGAAAGUUGUUUUGUCCCAACAUGGCAUCACUUAUGGCAGUAAUCCUGGAACCCAUGGUCAACAGACAACACCCAGCCCCUCUCCUGUGACCAGCAGCAAAACACAACAACUCAGAGGAGAUGCUGGAAUUUUGCAAGUCUGGUAUUCGGCCAAAAAGAAAAACCUGCAGCGUUAGCAGGCAGCAUAAGCACCUGGGAGACUUCAGCUGAGUGGACUGUCUGUCUGCCUUUCAGGAAAUUCUGGGGGACUGCUUGGAAAACAAAAAAUGAGGAUGAAUGUAAUCAAAAGCUUUGUCCUGCAUUUUUGAAAGCAGUGUAGUAGAAAUGCAGAUUGCUAAAACAGAAUGCCUUAAAGAUGAUCAAAAUGAAGAUCACAAUGACAGGGACAGAAUGGUUACUUCCAUUAUUUAUCAAAAGUUGUUUUUCCCCAGAAACCAGUUUACAAAACAUUGCCAUCAUGGUCACCUAUACUGUUUUAACUGUGGAUGAGAAACAAAGUGAAUUGUAGCAACACAUGUAAGAAGUGGAUACAGUAAACUUGAACCAAGUUCCUCCCGAUCCAUGUCUUCUUCAUGGGCUUAAGAGGACAAAACCUGCCACAGAAAAUUAAGUGUUGACAUUUCUUCAUCCUUGAAUGGUUGUGAUUGCAAGACUUGUUUUACCCUGCCAAACCUGGCAUGUUCAUGGGGAGAAUAGUGGUUUGAAUACAAUACAAUUUAUUUUUGUAUAGCCCAAAAUCACACAAGAAGUGCCGCAAUUGGCUUUAACAGGCCCUGCCUUU